AUGGAACGUGCCAAUGGUGGCAAUUUGGAAAAAUUCAUUUAUAUUCAACCAUCCACUUUUUCCAUGCAAAAAGAUUCUAAUUAUCAUCAUCUUACACCAAAAGAACGUUUACUUCGUGCGGGAUGUUUCACCAAGUUUGGCUCAUUACAUGGACAGGGUAUUAUCCAUCGAGAUUUAAACCCUUCUAAUUUACUAUUACAAUAUGAUAAUUCGGAAGAUUUCACUGGAAUGUUC